CGAAACACAAGAUUUAAAUCAAAAUUUUUAAAAAGAAUAAGAAAAAACAUUGAUUGGAGAAUCAUUGUGAAACUGAAAAUUUUGAUCAGUCGAGUCGUGGAAGGAUGCAAGAAGUGAAUAACCUUGUGAAGAUGCGACAAAUUUUGAGAAAAGUGUAGCAAAGGAGGGAUGCCACUUUCAGAUGGUCUAAAAAGAGCCCACUAAAGUUGAUCUUCAACAAUCGAGCCGCCAGGGACGAAUCGCUCGAGUUUUUGAUCGGCUAACCGAGCAAGAGGUGGACGAAAAUGGGAGUUGCUGCGAAAAUCGCACCGUCAAUGCUAUCCUCAGAUUUUGCUAAUUUAGCUUCGGAGGCCGAACGGAUGCUUAAAUUUGGUGCGGAUUGGCUUCAUAUGGAUAUUAUGGAUGGGCACUUUGUCCCAAAUCUGACAAUUGGUGCCCCAGUCAUCGAGAGUUUAAGAAAACAUACGAAGGCAUAUCUUGAUUGUCACCUUAUGGUUACAAAUCCACUUGAUUACGUUGAACCUUUGGCGAAAGCUGGUGCUUCAGGCUUUACCUUUCAUGUUGAAGUAUCCAAAGACAAUUGGCAGCAAUUGAUCCAGGAAAUUAAGUCAAAGGGCAUGAAGGCAGGAGUAGCACUAAAACCUGGAACACCCAUCGAAGAAGUCUAUGCUCUGGUAGAAAGUGAAAAUCCUGUGGAAAUGGUUCUUGUUAUGACAGUCGAACCUGGUUUUGGUGGCCAAAAGUUCAUGACAGAAACGAUGGACAAGGUUCGGAAGUUAAGACAGAAGUACCCAUCUCUUGACAUUGAGGUGGAUGGCGGGUUGGGACCUUCAACCAUAGAUGCUGCAGCUUCGGCGGGGGCAAACUGCAUCGUUGCAGGAAGUUCGGUGUUUGGAGCUCCUGAGCCUUCCGAAGUUAUAUCUGUUCUGAGGAAAAGUGUUGAGGAGGCCCAGCUGAACUCUUGAUCUUUUUACAAGCUUCAAGAAUAUAUCUUGUUAUACACUUUUUUCAAUCCAAAUGGGACAUUUUUAGAUUGACUGAAGUUGAAUUGAUGGUUUGUGAGUCCCCAAUAAAUCACUGAUAGAUCUCGUUAUACACUUGAUGUAUAACUUCUAUGGAUUAAGAUGAUUAUGAAAUAAAUUAGAGAGUUAAGAAAA